UUUGUUAUUAAAUUCCAAAAAAUACCUUUGAACUUUAUAAACAAAGCAAAUUUUCCCUUUAACUCUAUGUGACUCAUAUAAUUUCCCUGUAUUUUCUGUUAUUCAUAUCAUCAAUUUAAUAUUUUGAUUGAUAACUAACGAAAUUACAGCUUUUUUGUCUGGCAAAUGAUUGAAAUUAUAUUGACACUUUGCUGAAAUAUACAAUUUAACACGCAUACAUUUAGCCUCAACACGCAUUCAGCAAUAACACAGGCUCUCCAUCCCCCUUCACAAACAAAAAAACAUCACAAAUCAACAGCAGCAGCAACAAUAACAAAUUUAAGCUCUUUACAAAAAACGCGUGCUUAAAUGCUCUUUUUGAUAUAAACACUCGCAUAAACACACACACACCCAAACACAGGCACACGAAAGCAUAAAAACGGGAGACAUCACAUCGUCAUCAUCAUACGAGUAGCUGGAUAGGAAAAACAAUAACAACAACAAACAGAAAAUAAACAGGAGACAAUUAUUUAGCAGCCAAACAAAACUACAAAAACAAGAACAACAACAGCAGCAUUUAUGCAGGCACAAACAAGAGUUUGAUAAACAACAAAGACAUUGAGGAAAAAGAAGAAAAACAGAAAAAAAAAUUGACGAGUAACCAAAAGCAGAGCAACAGAGCAUCACUCUAUUACUAUCAUCAUUUACUCAUCAAAACUUCGUACAGUGAUGGUUGGUGCUGCUUCUUCUUAAAUUUUCUUAGCAGUAGUAUUUCUGUAUUGUUGUUGUUGUUAUUAUUAUUAGUCUUCUUUUGGCCGUUGUUUCUACUCAUCCAUCCAUCCAAACAAACAUUUGUGUGUGCUGCUAGCUGGCUGGCUGCUUGAGUACAUGACAGUUGAGUUUGAUACCAUUCAUACCACAUUCAUACACAUUUCAAUACGACGUCUAAGAGACAGCCAACAAAAACGACGUCAACGUCAGCAGCAGAAAUAACAGGCAGCACAGCAUUGUACAAUUUCUGUGAUUAAGUGACGACAUUCGCUGUUUGACUCUCAAACGGUUAACGACGGUUACUUUAAUAUAACGGCAAAAUUUCAAAAUAUCCACAAAAGAAAAAAUUAUUUAAAAUUCCUCCUAUAAAACGGGAAAAAUAUAUAAAAGAAAGAAUUUUCUUUUUUUAGUUUUAUUUUAAUUAAUAAUAAUUUCAAAUACCAACCUACUGCAAACUAAAAGAAAUUCUUUUCAUACAAAUUGAGAGAAUAACAAAACAAAGUGUUGAUGUGAUAAAUAUAACAAAAAAAAAUUAAAUAAUAAAAUAUAUUUUUAAUUUAUUAAAGAUUAAUGCUAAAAACACACAAAAUGGAUUCAUAUCUAGUCAAAUGUUUAAACAAUAAAUAAAUUUGGCACAAAACAAACAACAACAAAAAUCAAAGAAAAUGGAAAAAUUUACUUAAAAAAAAGAAAAAUCUAUAAAAAGACUGAUUAAAACUUAAUAAACUGGAAAUUUAAAAAAACAAAAAAAAAUUCAAACAACCUCAAACCACAACAAAAACACUACAAAAUUUUGUUAACCAAGUAUACGUAAAAUUAACCAACAAAAAAACACAUUUAAACAUAAACAAAUUUAAAUUUAAAACAAAAAUUAUUUAUUAAAAUUUAGAGAAAUUAAAACAAAAUAGUGCAAAAACAAAAUAUAAAAAUUAAAUUACUAAAAACCUUAAGAAACAAAUAAAAAAUAUUGCUCAUUUUUAAUAAUUAAACAAAACAAAAAAAAAUAUUAAAAAAACCAACUCUCCACUACCUUUAAAUAUUAAAUAAAUAACCUAAUGUAUACGAUUCACUGCAAUUAUUAAUAAAAUUAAACCAACAACAAAACAACCCCCCCUUAAAUUUAUAAAAUUACAAAAAUAUUUAAAAAAUUCUAAAACAAAAAAUAAAUAUUUUCUAAAUUAAUUAUAAAUUAUAAAAACAAAACAAAAAAUACAACAAAUAUACGACUAAAAUUACCAAUCCUCUUCUACUUAAACAAAAAAUUAUACGCGUACAUAGUGCAAAAAUUAUAUAAAAUACCACAAUAAUUUAUUAUUAAACUAAAUUCAAAAUAACUUAAAAGUUGCAUACAACAAAAUUUUUAAAUACAACUCAUAAAUCUUUUGAAGAAAAAACCAACUUAAAAGCAUCUCACUACUACUCACUCUUCUUAAGAUUCCUGAAAGAAAUUAUUAAUAAACAACAAUUUUUGUUUUUUUUAUAAAUAAAUAAAAAAACAAAAUAAAUUAUAACAUAAAUUGUGUGUUAGUGUAGUUGUGCUGAAAUAUUAAACAGAAAAAAACAAAUUUCAAAAUGUUGCACGAAGCUUUAAUGUUAGAAAUCUAUCGUCAGGCCUUAAAUGCUGGGGCUUUACCCACUGCAAGGCCUCGUUCAACAGAAUCGGCCAACUCCAGCGAGCGCUGUCCUUCACAUGAAUCUAAUUCCUCGGACAAUGGCAAAGAACAUCGUGAGAAUUCCAUAAAUCAUCCACAGGGAGGUAUGUUGCCCUUGCCCAACUCACCCAGUGCAGCAUAUUCCAGCAUUCCAAAUAUGCAAGGUCAAGCGCCCUCUAUGGAGGCCUAUCUUCAUAUGGUGGCAGCUGCUGCCCAACAAUAUGGUUUUCCUUUGGGAGCAGCUGCAGCGGCAGCUGCUGCAGGUCCUCGCUUACCUAUGCCCCUACCCACAGAAGCUGCUGCUUCUUUCAAACUACCGCCACAAGCUUCACCCACAGCUUCUAGCAAUCAUUCGGAGGCUCUAGAUUUCCGUACUAACAUGUUUGCCCGCUCGGGAUCUGCAGAACCUGCCGCCUCAGAUGAGGACGAGGAGGAAGAAGAGGCCAAUGAUGCCAAUAAUCCUUUGGAUUUGUCUGUGGGCACCCGCAAACGUUCAGCAGAUGAUGAAACAGAACCCGAUUCCUCUAUAGGCCAAAUUCAGGUUAAGAAAAUCUUCAAAUCCGACAGUCCUCCUAUGGUGGCCCAACCACCACCCAGCACACAAGUUCCUCCUAAUCCCCUAAUGCCGGGAGUCAAUCCUUAUUUGGCUGCUGUAGCCGCUGCCAACAUCUUUAGAUCUGGACAAUUUCCCGAUUGGAAUGGUAAAAAUGAUUUGGUGGUAGAUCCUCUGGAGAAAAUGUCUGAUAUUGUUAAAGGACCACGCAAAGAGAAGUCCGCCAGAACUUCAAUGGCCCAACAGCACCACAACACACAGCCACCAGCACAACCCAUGAACACCCAGCCACCAGCUCCAGUGGCCAACAAUCCCCUGCCACCUACCAAUGAGGGCAUAACUAAGACUCGCCACAAUAUUUGGCAAUCUCAUUGGCAGAAUAAGGGUGUAGCCAGUUCAGUAUUCCGUUGUGUGUGGUGCAAACAAAGUUUCUCUACUUUGGAAGCUUUGACUACCCACAUGAAAGACAGCAAACAUUGUGGUGUAAAUGUACCUCCAUUUGGCAAUCUGCCCACAGCUAACGAAAGACCGCCGGUAGCUCAAAAUCCUGCACCAUCUGGUCCCCAACAUCAUAGACAACAAAAUAAAUCCAACAAUUCGGGACCUUCUCAGGCCUCCAAAAAUGCAUUCCAAUUUCGUGGUGAUCAACCAACUCCAUUGCCCCGCAAACUGGUAAGAGGACAAAAUGUUUGGUUGGGCAAGGGGGUAGAGCAGGCCAUGCAAAUUUUGAAAUGUAUGCGCUGUGGUGAAAGUUUCCGCUCUUUAAAUGAAAUGACCAAACACAUGCAAGAGACUCAGCAUUACACCAAUAUACUCUCUCAAGAGCAAACGAUCUCAAUGAAGUCUUCUAACAAUUCGGGAGAAAAUAAGGAAGGUCAAAACAGUUUAAGCUCGGAAGAAAGCCGUACUCUUAGUGCUGUGCUCACCUGUAAGGUGUGUGAUAAAGCCUUCAACUCUUUGGGUGAUCUUAGUAAUCACAUGGCUAAAAACAAUCAUUAUGCUGAACCCUUGAUGCAAUCUAUGGGUACUGCUGGCAAUCGUAAACGUCCAGCUCCCAAAAAACGUGAAAAAUCCUUGCCCGUCAGAAAGCUAUUGGAAAUGAAAGGAGCUCAAGAUCAAGGCGAACAAGAAAUGGAUAUGAAAAUGCAGCAACGUGCCGGCAUGGGUCCUGGUUCGGAUAAAACCGAGGCUGCUCUAUUUGCCGAACGUAUGCGUCAAUAUAUUUCAGGCAUUAAAUCAGAUGAAGCAGCCAAGAAUAACUUAAAUGCCAUGGCUCAGCUUGCCAAAACUAAAUCGCCCGAAUUAAUGGAGUCUCCCAAAAAUGGUGCCACAAAAUCAGCUCAGGGUUCUUCCUCAGUCUUAAGUGCCAUAGAACAAAUGUUUACCACUAGUUUCGAUACACCCACUAGACAUGCUGCCCUGCCAGCCACCAGUCCUUCCAAUUCGUCCACCAAAAAUACCUCGCCCGUGGCUUCCAGCAUACUCAAACGUUUGGGCAUCGAUGAAAAUGUCGACUACAACAAACCAUUGAUUGACACCAAUGAUCCCUACUAUCAGCACUAUCGUUACACCAGCAGUGAACGCAGUGCCAGUGAAUGCAGUGCUGAGACCCACAAUGAUUCGCGGAAAAUGGAGAACCCCACACCGGAUAAGCCUGAAUUGGAGGAAACUGCACAUAAAAUGGAUUAUGAUAUGGAGAUUAAGAAAGAACCAGAAAUGGAAAAAACUCACUCGCCCACAAUGCAGCAGCACCAACAGCAGCUGCAGCAUCAACAACAGCAGCAGCAUCUCCAACAGCAGCACCAACAACAACAGCAGCUGCAGCAACACCAGCAGCAGCAACGCGAAGAGCAAAUGACUAACAUAAAAAUGGAAAUCAAAGCUGAGAUAGAGGAUGAUCAAGAGGAAAACGAACGCAAUAGCCAAAGGGGACGCAGUGGCGAACGUGAUGUGACCACUAAUGGCACCGACUAUUCCAACAAUAACAACAACAACACCAAAGAAUGCAAUGUUCAGUCCCCCAAAACUCUUAGUCCCCAACCACGAGUUAUACCACCACGCAGCCCCACCGACAGUCACCGUUCCAUGACACCCAAAUCGCCCGCUUCCAGCAUUAAGUCCUACGAUGGUGGUGAAAAGAAAUAUCCCAGUGACUCUCUCAAUGCCCUCUCCUCCAUGUUCGAUUCGUUGGGCAGCACCACCAACUCAUCCACCAUCAGCAAUCGCCCUCAGCCCCAGAAUACCGCUGUGCUCAGUAACAAAAUCGAUUCACCCGAAAAUCUUACCACAUCCAAUUCGUUAGCCGCUUUACGUCAAUUCUGCAUUAAGAAAGAGAAAACCGCUUAAAAAUGCUCUCGUCUUAUUUCGUUUUUUAUUUCAUUUCUAUUAUGGAAACAGUGAGAAAACAUAUUUUUUGUUUUUGCUAUAUAAUUUCGUUGGUAUUCGUCUCGCGUCUCUCACAGCCGGAGAUUGAGCCGCGAAAUUAUGAUUUCUGUUUUAUUACAAACAAACGCUCUUUAGCAGCCAGGACAGCAAGACAAGCGCGUUGUGUCUUAAUAAAUUUAUGAUUUUUAAACAAAAAUUUUAAACUCAAUUCAACAAAAUAAACUCGCCGCCAUUUUAAGAAAAACAAAAUUCAGAAACUCUGAAAAAAAACUAAAGCGCGCUUGCUUUAUCAAAAAACAAAGAGUGUUCUAGCACUUCCACAAAAGUUAGGAGCACACUGAAGGUUCUUAACGCGGAAGAAUUAUUCUAAAGGAAAACAAAACUUUGCUACAACGAAAUAAAGCAGAGUUCAAAGACUACGAAGGGAGACUCGUAAAAGUGCCAAACGCAGCAUACGAGUAAGAAUAUGGAAGAUUUAUAAGAGGGAGCUAAUAGGAAGAGCUACGAGCUACUAAGGAAAAGCGGACUAUGCGGAAAAAUAAGAGACUGGAUAUUGAAAACCGUCUUUAAGGUUUAACGAAAGGCUUCCGAUAUGAAUUACAACAAAUUUGAAUAAACGAAACAAACCAAAAAAAAACUAUUUGAAACAAACACAACAAGACUUAACCUCACCUAAGCCUUAAGCUUCAAAGACACAAGCAUCUUUUGAAAACCCACUUGCUGAAUAAAUCAUCUUGUGCCUUUGUAUGCUGUUUAUACCUUUUUAAAUAUAUACGAAUUUGGAUGCCUAAAUUAAUCAGUUAUACGAUCAUUUAAAUGAAAAUAAUCUUGCCACCAUAUAAUUGGAUGUACUAAAAAAAAUCUACAGUUUUAUGGAUCUAAAAAUUCAAAACAACAAAAAAAUAACAAAAAAUAAAAAAAAAUACAGCCCUUUUCAGGGCUACCAA